AUGACUCGGUCGACCAUAGAUAUUGAUGAUGUCCGGGCAUACGUGGAUACUGCACUCGGGACACUGGAAGGAUCAUUGCGAGAAUUGAACCACGAGAUCUGGUCACACCCGGAACUUGCGUAUGAGGAGCACCGCGCUCACGAUCAAAUCUGCAACUUUCUUGAGAACCGGGGAUUCAAAGUCACACGCCAUGCCUAUGGCAUUGCCACAUCAUUUGAAGCUUUGAGUGGAUCGGGUGGACGAUUAAUCAACUUCAACGCAGAAUAUGAUGCUCUUCCAGACAUUGGACAUGCCUGCGGCCACAACCUCAUCGCCACUAGCAGUAUCGCUGCCUUCCUCGCUCUAUCUUUCAUUUUGGAAAAAUACGGUAUUCCUGGACGGGCGCAGUUGUUAGGCACCCCGGCUGAGGAGAAUGGAGGCGGAAAGGCCAAGCUUAUAGAUGCAGGGGCCUAUAAGGGAGUUGACAUCUCCCUCAUGGGUCAUGGUGGGCCUAAGAAACUAUUCCCAGGGCAGGAACCAUCAGAUGGCAUUGCUGGAACAUUGAUGAAUGCUCGUAAAAGGAUCAAUUGCGAGUUCAUUGGCAAGAGUGCCCAUGCAGGUGGUAAUCCGUGGGAUGGGAUCAACGCUCUAGAUGCCUUGGUAGCCUCGUACAACAAUGUUGCAGUGUUGCGACAGCAGCUCCUGCCAGACCAACGAAUCCACUGCGCCUUCCUUGAAACUCCUCCUGUUGCAAACAUCAUUCCUUCAUUCACCAAAGCAUUUUGGCAGGUUCGAAGUCCGUCGCUCAAAGGGCUCAACACUCUGGUUUCCAAGGUGCGCAAUUGCAUGGAGGCUGGAGCACUGGCUACAGGUUGCCAGGUUAAAAUAUCCGAGGAGGAGCUGUACACGGAUGUCCUGUUGAACGACACUCUUUGUGAGCAGUAUCAGGUCCACAUGGGGCGAUAUGGUCGCAAGGUGCUUAAGCGCCACGACAAGGUCAUGACUGCUUCUUCAGAUAUUGGAAAUGUCAGCUAUGUGACUCCCACGCUUCACACCAGCUUCGGGAUCCCAACCCAGGAAAACUCAUUCCCGCACCACCCCACGUUUGCCGCUGCGGCGGGAACAGACGAGGCCCAUGCUGAGGCACUAAUUGUGGGCAAGUCGCUGGCGCUAAUCGGGUGGGACAUGCUCACAAACGAGACCCUCUAUGAGACGGCGCGGCAGCAAUGGCAACAGGAGAUUGCACGAGCAAAUUAG